CUCACGGGCAACGACACACACGAGAAAAUGCGCGCAGCUCGCAAGAGAAAGCAACCCCACCCACAAUCCUCCCCAAGAUCUCCCAAAUCCGCUGCCGCCGCCGGAAGCCCAUUUCCGGACCACCAGCGGCCUACCCCCGAAGAAUGCCGCUCCGUGAGAGACGACCUCCUGUCCCUCCACGGCUUCCCAAAAGAAUUCAUCAAAUACCGCGACCGGAGGCUGAAAACAAAAUCCCAACUCAAAGAUUCAGACAAUCUCGGGCUUUCGAAGUACGACGGCGAUCUUGACAGGGAUGAGAGUGUCUUGAAUGGUCUGGUGAAAACCAUACUAUCCCAGAAUACUACAGAGCUUAAUUCGGAAAGGGCUUUUGCUUCACUUAAAACUGCUUUUCCUGCUUGGGAAGAUGUUCUUGCGGCUGAGUCGAAGAACAUUGAGGAUGCUAUAAGAUGUGGAGGCCUAGCUCCAAAAAAGUCUGCUUGUAUAAAGAAUUUGUUAAGCCUAUUGCUCGAGAAAAAAGGGAAACUGUGCAUGGAAUAUUUAAGAGAAUUGUCUAUUGAGGAUGUCAAGUCAGAGCUUUCUCUUUUCAAAGGAAUCGGUCCAAAGACAGUGUCGUGUGUGUUGAUGUUUUAUUUACAGCACGAUGAUUUCCCUGUCGACACACAUGUUUUUCAGAUAGCUAAAACUAUGCGAUGGGUGCCACCAAUGGCAGACACUAAAAGCACGUAUCUUCAUCUCAACCAAAGGAUUCCGAGUGAACUGAAGUUUGAUCUCAAUUGUCUUCUUUAUACUCACGGCAAGGUUUGUCGAAAAUGCUCUAAUAGAAAAGUAGCAAAGAAAAGAGAGGAAACUGAGGAUGGAGCAUCAGGUUUCAUUGCCUCAUGGAUCGUCAAAUUCUUGCUCGAGAGGGGUUAUACAGUCAAAGCAUCCGUUCGUGACCCAAAUGACCCGAAGAAGACGGAGCACUUGAUGUCCCUUGAAGGAGCCAAGGAGAGACUUCACUUGAUCAAAGCCAACUUACUUGAAGAAGGCUCGUUUGACUCUAUAGUCGAUGGUUGCGAAUGUGUUUUCCACACUGCUUCUCCAUUUUACCAUGCAGUUAAAGACCCUCAGGGUCCCUGUUCGAAAAGAAAGAUAACAAUGGCGUUUUUUUGCAAUAAAUCCACUCGCUCCGCUCUCCGCCUCAGUUCCCAGAAAGCUGAUGAUUCGUUGAUGAUUUCAAGGCGCGGGCUUCAUGUUGAGCCCGGGGCUCGCGAGAAGGCUCUCUUGGAGGAACACCCAUCCCUUAAACGCUUCAAAUCAACUAAGAAUACUGUGAGACUUAUCAAACGAGCAGGAGAUGUUCUUACCGUUGUAGUUGUAGCUGGAUGUUGCUAUGAGAUUUAUGUGAAGGCAGUAUUACGAGAGGAAACUCGUAAACAAGCAAAAGACAGUGCCUGAUUUUCGCAGUUUUUUUUGUAGCAAAAGACGCAAUUUUAAUGCCUCGUUUUAAAUCAGUUGUGGGGUGUUUGAUAAUCUGACUGCAUGAGACCCUGUGUUGGUGAAAGUUGAAAUAAAGUGGUGCAGUUUUCUUUGUCACAUGUAUGUGAAGAUAUCUUGAAUUCUUGAUGGGUGCUGAAUUUGGAGCAUUUAUUGUUUUUUUCAGGUUGAAGUUUUGCAAAUUUGGCAGAUUUCAUUUUCUUG